UAACGGUGCUGGAGCCUCACAUCCCCGCACACCACCGUGCUGUGACACUGGGUCCACAGCUCGCAAUAUGCAGCUCCCUCGCUCAAUCAUUACUGCCGUCAAACUGCUAGCGGUGUUGGUAUAGCCGUCCAUUUGUCCAGUAUCCUGGCUGGGACUGAAGUGAGGGUGUACGACUUGGGGCACAGACCUACCGGUGCAUGUUUGUAACGUUUCCAGGAUCAGAAGCUAGUGGUUUAAUUUAGGUCACUACACCAACUGAUGCUCUUGAAGAAUGAUCUUUGAAUAAUCUACAUGCAAGGCGGCAGGAGUGCGUCACAAUCUGUCUCAGUGCAGUGAAGGUGUAACGACUGGCAGGUUGUGAUCUGUUCUCUGUGCUGAUACCCAGCGCUGUAGGAGGACUGAAUCACCUUGCCGAGAGCUUCAGAAUGUACCCUGGGCAUGCACGAGGGAGAUGAACUCGGCCCAUCAUAUCUGAACGAAUCAACGGGCAAGUGAUAGUGGAACGACCAGAGCCCUGGAGCGUAGUGAUUCAAGAGAGAUACAGAUUUACCAUGACAGCAAAACAACGUUGAUACCACCGAGAUAAUGGCGAAGCCAGGCUGCUGGGUGUUACCGUUCUUGAAGCGCACGUGCCGAGCCUGCAGGCGCCAUCUCCUGGCCUGGUUGAUAGGAAUCGUCCUGUUGUACUCCAUCUUCUUUGUGUCGCAGUAUGUUGUGCUGAACAACAGCGUCGUCAAGACGCUACGUUCCUAUGACGUCAUAUCCCGGGAUUCUGACGUCAUACUAAAAGCUUACGCCCGUCCGGACGAACAGCCUACGUGGGGAAAUAUUUCAGGAUUAAGGGACGAAAUCAAACCGUUAUUGAAACAAUAUACACUAUCACUAAAGAAAAGAGGUGCGCCUGAAAUGCUCAACGUUCCAUGGAACGGCCCGGAAAUUGACUUCCAGAGUGAUGCUUGUGGAAAUAUGAAGCCAAUAAACACAAGUUCCAAAGUGACAAUUAUCAUCACCUUACAUGGUGCCAGGAUUGAUAAAGGACUGACUUCGUUAUUUCACCUUCUAAAACUGACAAAUAUCAGCCUUGUGGAAGAUGUGAUAAUUAUUGGCGACAUGGGACUUCCAACUCUCUACCGUGACGUGUAUGAAAUCGUUUCAGAUUAUCUUCCUACAUUCCGACUUUUCAUAUCACCCAAAAGGACCACUGUUACUCAAGCCAGGAAAUAUGCUGCGAAGUUUGCCCACGGGGAGGUUCUUGUCUUCCUUGACGGACUGGUCGUGGUAACAAAACAUUGGCUUGAACAAAUUAUGGCGGCCAUCUUGGAAAAUCCAAACAGCAUUGUCCAACCGUUGAUUAUCACGAACCAUACUAUGCUGGAUAAAAACGGUCGGCCCAAAUAUAUUCAUAAGAGAGAAAUCCAAUUAGAUCUGACCUUGAAGGAGGUUAAAGUUCCUGUUUCAAUCGCGGAAAAUUCUUUGAUCAAGGAAUCAUUGAUCUCGAGCACAGCGUUUGCAUUGAGAAAAGAGCUUUAUGAAAAUCUGAGAGAGUUUGAUGAAUAUUCUGGAUUGACUGAUCUGGAAACGAUGGUGCUGUCGCUAAAGUCGUGGAUGUGCGCAGAAGGCGUCGUCACGGCGCAGUGUGCCACUGUGAUACUUCAGUCGCCCACCAGCACUGCUGAUCGGAGUUUAACAGCACCGUCUUCUGCGACCAGCAAGACGACAUUGUUAAAACGAUACCGCCAUCUUUUGUUCGUUGCUUCCGUCUGGUUUCCACCUUAUGAUGAAGUUUACAAAUGUCUCCUUCCCAAGUCAAAACAGGUCCGACUGUCUUACAUCGAGAAGAGAAAUAUCCGGAUGUACAAAUUGUUUUAUAAUCGUCUCAAGUGUAGAAAGUUCCCAGAAUUUAUCAACCUUGUGCAACCAAAGUUCAUCAAACCUGUACGCAAUACUACCAACCAUGGUGCUUUGUAUGUUGAAGGUCAUGACCUUUAUAUUACAAGGUCACGAAAUGGAUCGUUGACCUUUGUCUCUGAACUUGCUCCAAACUCGGAACCAUUCACUUUGGUCAAUUCCAAGUUAAUCGUUAAUGGACAGUGCGUUACUUUUCAACCAAACAAUAAAAUAUUUUUACGGAACUGCGAGAAGAAAAAUUUAAACCAGCGUUGGUUGUACAAAGAUGGGCAGAUACGACUGAUGAGAAACAUGCAUUUAUGCAUGGUGAGAGACAAGAACGCCUCUAUACCCUCUGUGUAUCCUUGCAGAAGCAAACACGUUUUAACCAAAUUUACCUUUACUUUCAAUUUUGCUGUAAAUUGUAUCAAAUAAUUAAAAUAUUUAUUCAUA